UUGAAUUCAUCUGUAAAAUAGAGUACAGCGAGGACCAGAUACUUGUCUUUUAAUUGCAUUUUUUCCUAACAGUUAGAAGUUAAUUUGGCUAUUUAAACGGAGUAGGAAAUUUGCAAAUCCCCGAUGAAGGAUUUGAGCUGCCAACAAUGUUUUGCUAGCCAGCAAUUACAGACCGCCUUCUUGCUGUAUUUUGAGGAGGCGUAGCUAGCGAAGUUAACGUUAUGUCACAGAUUGGAGGUUUGGUUAUGUCAGCCAACUAACGUUAGGCACAUGGGAAAUGGGCAUUACGGUGCUGUAAUAUAGAAUCUUUAUAUAUAGGUUGACAAAAUGGGAAGUCUUCAUACGAGCUAUUUUGACGUUAGUCAUCAGCUCGGUGCAUGUUCUAUUCGGAUCUCGCGGAAUAAGGCCUACUAGUUCUUCUCUUGGAAAACAACACGGGUCUUUCACAAUGGGACAUGUAAAAGAGUCUGGCGUAUUUUUCUGAUGAGUAAAGGAGUGUUUUUGUCCGAAUAUCAGUUAAGUUGUCAACACUGCUAUAGCUAUACGUUUAUAGUCUGAGACGAAAAUGGAGACGGGAAUCCAAGCUCACCAGUUUGUCCACGCGGUAUCCAGCCCUAGAGCAGCGGAUAUAUCCACUGAAAUGCUCGAGGUGGCAGCGGAAGCAACCCGGGCAGGUGACUACGACCUUGCCGCGGAAAUCUAUAGCUCUCAGCUGGUGGACCUCCAACAUCCAGACCGGGGUCUCUGUUUGCUCAAAGCUGACGCUCUUGCCCAGGCCGGGCGAAUAGCGGAGGCGCUUGACUCGUACUGCACCGCGGCCAACAUUGGCAAACUUCGGCCGGACGAAUUGCAGCUUUUGGUUGUAAACAUAGCACGGACUCUUCGCGAGAAGGAGCUAAACAUUCAUGGGAAGGCAACGAGUUGUCAUAAAAGUGGGAAUGGAGACGAUGGUGUCGAUGCCGAUACAGAGGCAUUUGAGGACGAACCCCUGGACUUGUUUUCGUGCCGCCUUUGUAGGUGUUUACUGUCAGAACCAACCACCAUGGAGUGCGGCCAUACGUUUUGCAAACAUUGUUUAGAAAAAGAAACUGUCAAAGACUGCAUACAAUGCAAACAUAAACUGAACAAAAAAGACGUACAGAUCCUACCCAUUGGAUUUAGAGUAAAUGUCAUCCUCAGUAGUUUGUUGGAUAAAUGGUUCGACUCUGAAAGUAAAGCCAGGAGGCAUUGGAUAGAAGGUGAGGUCUCACAGAAGAAACACGACUACACAGAUGCUUUGGAGAAGUACAACAAAGCCUUAGAACUGGCGCCAUCUGCAGGUCGGCUACUGGGACAGCGUGCUGAGCUACACUUGGAGAGUAAGAACUACAGCCAGGCCAUCCAGGAUGCAGAGAGCCUGUGUAGACUCAACCCUCUCUGGCCAAAGGCCCACUACAUCAAGGCCUCAGCCCUGAGUAAAGCCAACCGCAACGAUGAGGCCUUAAAGGAGUACUUCAUGUGUGUGGCACUGAAACCUGAUUGGAUGAUGGUGAAGCUGGAAGCCCAGAAGGUGCUUAGUGAGCUGUUCUCGUCAGUGUUUGAGAAGGAUGGUCAGCCCACUCCCAUACAUCCUCUACAGGGUGGUCCCUCCACUCGCCUCCUUAAGCCCCCCGCCCUGUACGGCUCUCUAAACCCCUUCACCAUGCCACAAAAGCCUGGCUGCUCCUCACAGGACAUAGAGUUCAGAGUGAGUAAGAGUUCUUUGUGCGAUGGUCCCUCAGACUCCUCCAAACAUCCCCUGUCCCCCAGCAGUAAAGCUGAGAAGCCCUUGCUAGAAGAUGCCAAGGGCCUGGCCAGUGUCCUGGCUGCCCAGCCUGCCCCCCCAGGCAGCCUCAAGAGGAGACACAGUGGGGAUGGCAUAGCCUUCAGCCCUCCCUCCAAACUUCUCAGACCAGAUGAAGCCUGCUCCUCCUCUCACCUUCCUGCAGCUUAUCUCUGGGGAAGGACGGUGUCCAAAGACCUGCUCGACAGUAGAGAUAUGGAGUGCUCCCUCUGUAUGAGGCUGUUCUUUGAGCCUGUCUCCACCCCCUGUGGACACACCUUCUGCCUCAAGUGUCUAGAGCGCUGUCUGGACCAUAACCCCAACUGCCCUCUCUGCAAAGAGAACCUCUCAGAGUAUCUGGCCACAAGAGGGUUCAACAAGACCCUGCUGAUGGAGGAAGUGCUACAGCGUUACCUGGGAGAUGAGCUGGCAGAGAGGAAGAAGAUCCAUGAGGAGGAGAUGAAGGAACUGGCAAACUUGAACCAGGAAGUGCCGAUCUUUGUGUGCACCAUGGCCUUCCCCACCAUCCCCUGUCCACUGCACAUCUUCGAACCACGCUACCGCCUCAUGAUCCGCCGCUCCAUGGAGACCGGUACCAAACAGUUUGGUAUGUGCAUCGCUGAUGAGUUGAAGGGUUUUGCUGAUUACGGCUGCAUGCUGGAGGUCCGGGACGUCAAGUUUUUUCCUGAUGGGAGGUCUGUGGUCGACACCAUCGGUGUGUCCCGCUUCAAAGUACUGAGCCACGGCCAGAGAGACGGAUACAACACGGCCAAGAUCGAGUACCUGGAGGAUAAGAAGGUGGAGGGCCAGGAGUUUGUGGAGCUGCAGAAGCUUUAUGUCUCUGUGUACGACCAGGCCAGCGGCUGGUUCACCUCCCUUAAAGACAACAUGAAGAGCCAGAUAAUCAGCCACUUUGGACACCUACCUGGGAAGGACCCUGACCCACAGGGUAAUCCCAGUGGUCCAGCGUGGGCUUGGUGGUUGUUGGCUGUGCUGCCUCUUGACAACCGUGCCCAGCUCACCAUCCUGGCCAUGCCCUCCCUCAAGGACCGCCUCAUUGCCAUCCGCAGGGUCCUGAUCUUUGUUACGCGCAAGAGACCCCGAUGACCGCUAAGCCGCCACCACAACCGCGUAGACCAUGCAUGGUCAUUCACUCAUUCAGUAAACCCACUCAGCUUUCAUAUGAGGGAAAUGCCUUUGACUCCUUUACAAAUGGCGCUCUCUGAAUCUGAAGAAGCCAUUGGGUUGGAUUGUAGGGGGGGUGGGAUAGGGAGGUCAUUGUUUCUGGUUAUCCAUCCACCUAUCAAUGUCCAGUUCACCUGUCCUCUGUCACAAUAACUGGAAUGAUGGACUUCUGUCACGCUAUCUCUCAACUUCUUAUGUCCCCUCAAGGGAGGGAAUAAGAGCACGAAAUCAGACUGGUGACUGUCAUUAUGUGCCAGAACUGAACAGAACUGGGCCGACCAAUUAACGGUGUUGCGUCCACAAUGUUGUGACUUGGUGUACAUUUCUAUUUUAAGAAAAAUAAAAAAGACUUGACAAGUACCAAAAAAAUGUGUAACUGAAAAAGCCAAUAGUAAAUGUAUUGUUGUCUUCAGUUUGGGUGUUAUGUUUCUGUUUAACCCCUGCUGACCUUGUUGAGACUCAUAAAACCCAGAGUGAUAGAAACCUCCAAAUGGAGUAGAAAGUGUACAUAUGAGAAUGUGCUCCUGCUUAAAUGACCUCUUCAUUUCUACAUGACUGGGGAAAUGGAUGCAAAACCAGAUGUUUUGCAUCUAGCCCAGUCAUAUGUACAGUUUGAAGUUUACAUACACCUUAGCCAAAUACAUUUAAACUCAAGUUUUUCACAAUUCUUGACAUUUUAAUCC